AUGCCAUCCCUCUUCGCUAUCGUCAUUCAGUCCGCCAUCCUCAAAGCCGUUGCCAACACCACCGCCCAAGUCCUCAGUCAGCGAGGAUCUACCAAGCCUAUUCUCGUUGACUGGAAUCGAGUUUUGGAAUUUGCAGUGUUUGGGAUUAUAACUGCGCCGUUCAUCUCCCUGUGGCAGCAAUUCCUCGACGAAAAAUUCCCCAGUCAACCCCAGAAUGACCCGAAGCCCACAAAACGCAAAUCGUCAUCGCUGAAUUGGCCGAACAUUAUUCUGAAAUUAGCCCUGGAUCAAACCAUUGGGCUCUUCUUGACGAAUGUCACCUUCAUUGUGUGCACAACGGGUCCAAGACUCCAAAGCGGCCAAUUGAUCUUACGCGAAAUCAACAACCGGAUAUGGGGCAUCUUGAGAGCUGGAUGGAAGAUAUGGCCUGCGAUGGCGUUGAUCAACUUUAUUUGGGUUCCAUGGCAGUGGCGAGUGGUGGUCAAUUCGGUGGUCGGAUUUGGGUGGAAUAUUCUUCUCAGCCUUCUGUGA